AUGUCCACAACUAGUACUAAAGUGACACAUGAAUAUUUUGGACGAAGAACGUCGGAAUGGUGUAUUACUGGAUUCCUUGGUGAGUGCAAUGUCGAACCGUUUAGACAAAAGAUAAAUUGCUACCUUUCCUCCCUUGAGAAUAUCGCCAAUAUAGAAGAAGGUCGAAGACAAAAAAAAGCACAGCAAUUACUUAAUAAUUACAGGCAGGCGA